AUGCGGUUAGGAACCCUUCUGCUGCCCAAACGCAAAAAAACUAACCUUCGGUACCACACCGCAACAGUCCGUGAAGCGCAGGAGAAGAUGUGGUUGACUUUACACACCGAGACUAUUCGGACACUACAACUAAAAAAAGCGCCUAGAUCGUCGAAGUUCAACACCACUUGCAAGUUGGUGAAAACCCAGACCUUACAUGCGUCCAGAGUAGCCAGCUACUGCUCUUCUAUUAGAUUCAGAACAGUGACUUCAUAG